AUGCCUGCGAAUAUUACUUAUGAUGAAGAUAGGAAAAGAGAAUUGAUUGCCCAAUACAAGUCCAUUAGGGAAAUCGUCGAUACAGAAGCAAAAAAAGUUCAUGGUGAUAAUGAUGCUUCUAAAGUUUCUAUAUUAGUUGUUUCGAAGUUGAAACCAGCUAGCGAUAUAAAAAUUCUUUACGAUAUUGGUGUGAGAGAGUUUGGGGAAAACUACGUUCAGGAGGUGAUUGAGAAAGCAAAAUUAUUGCCUGAUGAUAUCAAAUGGCAUUUUAUUGGUGGUCUGCAAACGAAUAAAUGUAAAGACUUAGCUAAAAUACCUAAUUUGUUCUCUGUUGAAACGAUUGACUCCUUGAAAAAGGCCAAGAAAUUAAAUGAAUCGAGAGCUAAAUUUCAACCUGAUUGUGACCCAAUAUUCUGUAAUGUCCAGAUAAACACAUCGCAUGAAGACCAAAAAUCAGGUCUAUAUAACGAGGCGGAAAUAUUUGAGGUCAUUGCCUUCUUUUUGUCUAACGAAUGCAAACAUAUUAAGUUGAAUGGGCUAAUGACUAUUGGUUCAUGGGAUGUUUCCCAUGAGGAUGAUGGAGAGAACAAAGACUUCACUACAUUAAUUGACUGGAAGCGAAAGAUUGAUGUUAAAUUCGGAAUAUCUUUGAAGCUAUCGAUGGGAAUGAGUUCUGAUUUCAAGGAGGCCGUAAGGCAAGGAACAUCCGAAGUGAGAAUUGGGACGGAUAUUCUUGGCGUUAGACUUCCAAAAAAUGAAGCAAGAAUCAUUUAA